AUGGAUCAAGAAGAAGAACCAGCAAAACCAGAUGAUGCAGAAGAUGAUGAUUACCAGGAUGAGUAUGAAUUCCAAACAGAAGGAGAAGAAUCUGAAGAAAUUUCAACUGAAACUGCUGCAGAACAAUCUGAAUAUUCAUAUGCUGAAGAUCCUUUCCUGGAAGAAAUGGAAGAAUCAGGCUCAGAGCAAAUGAAGAAAAUUUCAGAGAAUUUCUUCUACAAUUAUAAUGAGGUGGUUUCGGUUCCUUUUGUGACCGAAGACUCUGGCAUACCAUCAAACCUCCUUACGCUGAUACAUUCCUUUGGUUAUGACUCCACCAAACGGUCUAAUCUGCAACUUCUAGACAGCCAAACCAUCAUCUUCAUAGCUGGCAACCAGAUAGUCUUCGUGGAUUUGAGAACCCAUGAGCAGAGGUACCUCCGGAGCAGCAGCGGUAGAGGAAUUGGUGCUCUUGCGGUUCACCCAGACAAAACAUACUUUGUGUUAGCUGAGAAAGGAUUCUAUCCAAAUGUUGUCAUCUAUGAUUAUCCUGCCCUGAGGCCUUACAGAAUUCUCCGAGGAGGGACUGAUGAAGCCUACGCAUACGCAAGUUUUAAUUUUACCGGUUCAUUGCUGGCUACUGUGGGUGGCCACCCUGAUUUUACAAUAACAGUCUGGAAUUGGAAAGAAGAACAGCCAAUUCUGAGGACAAAAGCAUUUUCCCAGGAAGUUUUUAAGGUCACCUUCAACCCUGAAAAUGAAGAGCAACUUACCACAGCAGGAUCAGGUCACAUCAAGUUCUGGUUAAUGGCCUUAACAUUCACUGGUCUUAAACUACAAGGAUAUUUGGGUAGAUUUGGCAAAACAGCAGUGACUGAUAUAGAAGGCUAUAUAGAACUGCCGGAUGGGAAAGUGCUCACAGGAUCAGAGUGGGGCAAUUUGCUGCUCUGGGAGGGGGGCCUCAUCAAGGUAGAGCUUUGUCGACAUGCACGGAGAACCUGCCACAUUGGGCCUAUUAAUCAGAUCAUGCUAGACGAAGGAGAAGUCAUCACAGCUGGAGAUGAUGGAUGCAUUAGGAUAUGGGACUUUGAGACAAUAGAUACUGCUGAUGCUAUUGACGAGUCUGAAAUGAUAGAGAUGGAGCCCAUUAAUGAAAUGCAAGUAGGCAAGAAUGUCAAGCUCUACUCCAUGGUGAAAAUAUUCAAACCUGGGAAUUCUAUCUGGUACGCUCAGGAUGCAAAUGGUGCUAUAUGGAAGCUGGAUCUUAGUUUUUCAAACAUAACCCAAGAUCCAAAAUGCCUGUAUUCUUUCCACACCGGACCUAUCACCGCCAUGGUUGUCUCUCCCUUUACCUAUCUCAUGGCCACUACUUCCCAUGACUGCUCAGUACGCAUCUUUGACUUUGCUGCUAAACGUUAUUUGACCCACAUGAAUUUCAGAGAAGGAGGAACAGCCCUUAUCUGGGCCCCUAGAGUGGUGAGCUACCGAGGGGGACUCCUUAUUGUGGGGUUUGAAGAUGGGGUCAUUCGUCUCCUCGAACUUUUCGAUCCCAGGGGGCUCAUUAUCUUUGCUGGGAGGAGGAAGGUGAAGGAGGCGCAGCUCCGACUGAGGCAGGCUCUUAAGCCUCACACAGCAGCUGUUACAACGAUAGCGUACGAGCAAAACGGAGAGAUCCUAGCCACAGGGAGUAAAGACAAAACUGUUUUCUUCUUUGUUGUGGGCAAAUGGUACGAGCCAAUUGGCUAUAUUAAUGUUCCUGGGCCUGUUGCACAGUUAGUAUGGACUCCAAAAUCUUAUGAAAAAAGUUUUCUCCUGAUUAUGUGUGAAAACGGCUAUGUUCUUGAAGUUCCUGUUCCAGAAAUCAAGGAAACAGAGACUCUACCAACCUUUGAAAUCAAAGACCUGCCUAUGAAAUGUUUUCAUUUCAGGAGCAUCAAAUCAAGAAUCCUGAGGGACAUAGAGAUUGAACGCAGAAGAAAAAGGAAGGAAGAGAAGGAGAAGGAGAAGGAAGAAAGGAGAAAGCUACGACUUCAAAUGUUGAAAGCAAUGGAAGAAGCAGAAGGAGAAGAGGAAGAAGAGGAGGACCUGGAUGAGGAGGAAGAGGAGGAGGAGGAGGAGCCCCUGCCAGAAAUUUUUAUUCCAGAGAAACCUUGCCCCAUCCUCUGUGGAUUUUACUCUUCACCAAACAGAUUCUGGAUUUCUCUGGGUGGAUAUGAUUCUGGUUUUCUCUAUCACUGUAAGUUUCCAACUAAACCAAGUAAAACAAUGGAGGAGCAGCAAGACGAGCCCUUUAAUUUUCACCCUGUAGAAAAUACAGAUGACAACCCCAUCCGAGUUAUCACUUUCAGCCUUACCAAAAUGAUGAUGUUUUGUGGGAUGCAAAAGGGACAGGUCAGGGUUUACAUCCUGAAGGAUAAAAGCCUUUAUUUGACUGAUAUGCAAAACUACUGGAGCUACAGCAUCCAUGACAAUGAUUACGGACAGAUCCAGGCCUUAUGUCCUAGCUAUGACGACCGUUUUGUGGUGACUUGCGGAGCAGAUGGCAAUAUCUUUGUCUUUAACGUCCUGUCUGAAGAAGAACUUGAGGAAGAUCUCAAAGCCACAGUGCCUCCUCCCAGGAUCGAUAUGGAAAAAGAGAAACGAAUAGAAGAUAUUGAAGAUCCAAACGCCUUUAGCAUUGAGGGUGCCAGGCAAAAAAGAGAAUAUGACCAAAUCAUGAAAGAAGUGGAGGAAAUAAAGGCCCAAAAGAGGGAGAAACUGAAGCAUCUGAGGGAUGAGUUUGAGAAGUUACUGGUGAAGAAUUCUGAGUUACCAGGACACAUGCAGCUUCACCGGAUGGAGUUCGAUGUCGAUACCAGAGUCCGAGAAGAGACUGAACGAAAGACCGUCAAGAAAAUCAAGCAGGUGGAAAAGGAACUUGCGUGGGAAAAGGAGAAACAUCGAAUUGCCCUGUCGAAAUUACAGCAACGAUUUCGAGAUUCGUUAGAAUUUGACACCGUUAUAGUCCAUGCCAUACAGACUGAGCACAAAAUUUCCACAUAUCGGCUUUUGAAACUCUCAGGGAAGUACAACAAAGCCAGACGACUGAGUCAGACGGAAAGAAGAGCAAGCAAGUUUGAUUGGAAGGAAAAAGAAGUAGUACUCAUCAAGAGAGAGAGCCAAAAAGAUACAGUUCCAGUCACUGGUGGAGUAGAGGAGAUCUUUGUUGAAAAGGAAAAGGAAAAGGAAAAGAAAGGUCGACCCAGGACCCUAAGUGAAUUCAUUGUGGAAAACCAAGUUGGUAAAAUGAAGAAAAUUAUGGUAAAAGCUGAAAAAGCCCAAAAUAAGAUCUUACAGCGGAGAAAAGAAUGGGAGGAACUAUACAAAAGUAAACCUGAGGAUGACUACGAGGAUCCCAAAGAUGUGCUGGCCAUUAAAGAGGCCCAGAAUAACAUGGGGGACUUCAACCUCAAGACCGCCCCAGACUACAAGAUCCCUGAACAAAUGCGCAUAAAUGCUGCCAAGAAGGAGGAGGAAAUUGGGAUUCUAGAAGCGAUGGCUCAUGAAAAGAAGUUUAACAUGAAUAAGUGCAUCAUUUCUCUUAGAGACCAGAAAAUUGCUGUUAUUGAAGAGAUCCAGUGCCUGGUACAAGAGCUGAAAACCAUUCAUGCCAUCUUGCCUGAAGCUAAACAUCUUCCUAUUCCUGAGGUGCCCCAAUUACAGCCAGAGGAGGUGCCAGAAAAAAAAUACCAGUAUGAUGAAGAAAUUCUCUUAGAGUUUAAGCUAGAGCAGGAAAAGAAAACUGUGGAGGAACAGCAGAAAGAACCAGAGGAAGGAUUUUUGGGCUUUGGUACAGGGAUAACUAAAACCUCUGCCAAGGAUGGAGAGCUCUUAAGGCAAGAUUCUAAGGUAGCAAAAAUUCCUAUGGUGAUUCUUCCAGAAGUUCCAAAGCCAGUGGAGUUUCCAAAGACAGAGCCAACUGAAGUGGAACUGGAGAUCAUGAAGAAGGAAGAGAUCAGGAAUGUGUACAUGCAGCAAUACGUGAUUGACAGGAUCAGAGAACUCAUUAUUACAUUUGAUGCAGAAUUUCGUCUCCUGCGGCACCAGAAACUUAAAUUGGAUAUUCAGAUGAAAUUGGCUGACCUGCACCAUGUAACGUUGUUUCAAGAGAUGCUUCUCCUCAAGAACUUUGAAAAACAAGAGAACAUACUUCAAGAACGUGUCAAUUCAUUGGACAGAGAGCAACAGGACAUGAAAUGGAGAAUAAAUGAGAACCUUGCAGAGAUGGAAGAAAGAAAGAAUGAAAUUAGCAAACUUCAGGAGCAAGAAAAGGCAAUUUAUGCCAACUUCCAGGCAUCUCUUGGAGAAAAUAACAAAUUUGCAAAUUUCCUCUUGAAAGUGUUGAAGAAGAAUAUUAAGCGUGUAAAGAAAAAGGAGGUGGAAGGAGAGGAGGAAGAGGAUGAGAGUAGCAAAGAAGAUAGUGACGAUGAGUCCAGUUUUGAGAGUGAUGAGGAAGAAUCUGAAUCCGAGGAUGAAACUUUUGAUGAAAGCUUGGGUUUAGCAAAUUGUGACCCAGCCCUUUAUGAAAUGACUCUUCAGCUUCGAGAGAAAAGAUUGGACAUUGAAGAGACCUUAAGUGAUGAGAAGAAACUGCUUGAGAAUCUCAGAAAGGAAUAUGAUGCGAUGGGCAAAAAAGUGAAAGUAGUGGCAGCCAACCUUCAAACAGCAGAGGAGGCUCUUGAGGCAUAUCAGCGGGAGAAGCAACAGAGACUGAAUGAGCUGCUCGUGGUGAUACCUCUGAAGUUACACCAGAUAGAGUGUGUGGAAUUUGGAGAAAUACCUCAUGAUCUCUCCAAUGCUUUGGUAUUUUCUAAUACUUCUCUACAACGUCUGCAAGAAAGAAUCAUACAGCUACAAGAAGAGAAUGCAGAACAGCAAGAACUCAACAAAAAAUCCCGGGAACGGCGCAAAAAGCUUGUUUUUGAAAAGAGAGAGAUGGCCAAAAAGAUCAAAACAAUGAAAGAGAUGGUUACUCAGCUGAUGAUUGACAAGUUUGGGAAAGAGAUAGACCUGGAAGCCCUUCAAACACUCUCCAUUAAUAAAAAACUGGAAGAACUGAGGAUCAAGAAAAUAAAGAAAGAGUUGUCCAAUGCAAAGGAGAUAAGGAGCUGGGAGGAGAAGAUUUCUCGGUUGCGAUGGGACCUGAUGAUGAAGACAAAGGAACGCACGAAGAAACUCCAGCAAAUGAAUGAGUUAUGUGUUGAAAAGCAGCAGCUCGAAGGCCGUUUGAAUACACUACAAUCUCAGCAGGGUAAUGCGUUCCAGGGCCCUCGGAAAGCAGACGUUGUGGCCAGGGAGAAGGUCACUGAGCUGAUCCAGAUCCAGGCUGAAAAGAUCCUAGCGCUGAAGGAAGAAAUUGCUAUCUUGCGCAGGAAAGGCGGUCUUAUCCUCCCACCAAUUAAUAGUGCCCGCUAAAUGCUAAUGCACCCUAUUAGUUGCUGUUUUCCUAUCUAUCCUGUCCGAUUUUUGUCUCACACAUCACUAAAAUUUGCUUUUCUCCCACCUGAUGAUAUCUGCAGGGGAAAAUGUACACACACACACACACACACACACACACACACACACACACACACACACAAACGUACACACACACACACCCCUCUGCAUAAAAGGGGGUCAGGCUUGUUUGUUCAGCUUAAUCACAUACUAUCUGUAAGCAAGUCCUUGAAAGAGUUAGUGGCUUGGGUUCCAGCUUGAGAGUCUCCCACACAGAUUGAGCAGCUAAAUAGGUCAUUCUGGGGAAAAGCCCCCAAACGACGGACCUUUAAAAGUUAAAUAAGCCAAGAGGAAUGGCAAUGUCUGCUCCCUCUCCCUGAUCUCAUCCCAGAAGAUAGAUGUGAACAUUUCAUAAAUAGGGCUUUCUGAUUCUUCACAUGUUCAGAAAAGAAGCUUUAAGAAACACUUGGAAAAGAUGUGGACUCAUUGUCCUGAAGGGUUUUAUAAAUGACCAAACUGAAGGUUAGAGAGAAGACUAAACAUUUAUUUAGAAGUUACAGUGUUUGUUUUUACAGAGCUAUGCUGCCACAGAUUAUUGAAUCUGGAAGGUUUGUUAAUGCUUAUAAAGUACUGUACACAUUUUAGUCUGUUCUCCUGGUCAUACCAUGAAAAAAUCACUUCCUGUUGUACCAAAUUCAGCCGAUCUGUUGAGUUGGGUUUUCUUUUUCCCCCAGUAUGUGCUGCGAUCAACCGUGUUCAGCUCUCAUGAAGGAUGUGCCUAAGAUGUGUUUUCCUUUCCUUCUCUCCUAAUGGGCUCUCAGCACCAUCCCAGGCAGUUGCGGAAGUUGGAAAUAAAAGGUUACUUCUGUACCCAGUC